AUGGCGGAUUCGCUGACAGGUCUGGGCGAGGAAAAGGAAAAAGAAAAGGAAGACAAAGAGAGAGAUACCAAGACUAACAAUGCGGAGCAGAAUAAGCAGAAAGAGGGAGUUAACGAAACGCUUGGGUUAAAUGAGAAAAAUGGCGGUACUAGAGGCGAAAAAGGGAACCUGUCAGACCUUUCUCUAAUCAGGUUUAUAACCACCGAGCUAACAAGAGGCUACUUUCUUGAACAUAACGAGGCCAAAUACACAGAGCGUAGAGAGAGGGUGUACACCUGCCUCCGCAUACCCAAGGAGCUGGAGAAGCUGAUGACUUUCGGCUUCUUCCUCUGUCUGGAUACGUUUCUCUACGUGUUCACCCUGCUGCCCCUGCGGGUGAUUCUGGCCCUUUUACGACUCAUAACUGUGCCGUGCUGCGGCCUCGGUGGCUCCCGCUUGCUCCAGCCGGCCCAAGUGUGUGAUGUCCUGAAGGGCUUCAUCAUGGUGCUGUGUUAUUCAAUGAUGAGCUACGUAGAUUAUGCCAUGAUGUACCACCUCAUACGGGGGCAAUCUGUCAUCAAACUCUACAUCAUCUACAAUAUGUUAGAGGUUGCAGAUCGCCUUUUCUCUUCUUUUGGCCAAGACAUCCUGGAUGCCCUGUACUGGACAGCAACUGAGCCAAAGGAGAAGAAGAGAGCGCCUAUAGGAGUUAUUCCUCACUUCUUAAUGGCUGUGCUCUACGUCUUCCUUCAUGCCCUUCUUAUCAUGGUUCAGGCUACAACACUAAACGUUGCAUUCAACUCCCAUAACAAGUCUCUGCUCACCAUAAUGAUGUCAAACAAUUUUGUUGAAAUCAAAGGAAGUGUGUUUAAGAAGUUUGAAAAGAACAACCUCUUCCAGAUGUCUAACAGCGACAUAAAGGAGAGGUUCACCAACUAUAUCCUUCUGCUCAUCGUGUGUCUGAGAAACAUGGAGCAGUUUUCAUGGAAUCCCGACCACUUCUGGGUCCUCUUCCCAGACGUACUCAUGGUAAUAACCUCAGAGGUCGCCGUGGAUGUUGUCAAGCAUGCCUUUAUCACCAAAUUCAAUGACAUCAGCGCUGACGUAUAUGGAGAAUACAGAGCCAGCCUGGCCUUCGACCUCGUCAGUAGUCGACAGAAAAAUGCUUACACCGACUACAGCGACUCGGUGUCCAGAAGAAUGGGCUUCAUCCCACUUCCUUUAGCUUUGCUGCUGGUUAGAGUCGUGACAAGCUCAGUGAAGAUCCAGGGUUCACUUUCCUUCAUGUGUGUGCUGCUGUUUUACUUGGGGAUGAUCACUUUAAAGGUUCUCAACAGUAUCGUUCUCCUGGGAACGUCUUGCAUGUUUGUCAAAGAGGCCAAGAUGGAAGAAAAACUAUUCGACCCUCCUCCUUCGGUCUCCUCCAGCCGUGCAAACUCCAGAGCCAACCGCGCCAAAAAUGCUCAAGCUACACCCCAACAAGAGAUUACGUCAGACAAAGCAGGAGUAUCACCGGCAUCAGGCAUUUCUCUACUCACAGAUAAACCAGAGAGCGCCUCCUCCACAAUCCUAAAGAGUGACUCAGACACAUUCCUGACAACACCGGAUGAGGACGAAGAAGACAAAGUCAUCAACACUGACACAGGACUGGAGGAAGAUGGGCUUAAACUCAGAACACCCAAGAAAGACUUAUUGGAGAUAGACCGAUUCACCAUCUGUGGGAACCGGAUAGACUGAACGCUGAAGCUUCCACCAGCUGGUGUCCUGACUACCACAACAAGGUCCGGGGACUGGAUGAGGGUCGUGGAGCCCGCUCAGACCCGACUCGCACUUAUGCACCUGACUCUUGGAGUAUUUAUUUAUUUAUUAUUGGUAAACCAGCCAAGGCAUAAUGCUGUUAUAUCAGAGGCCAUAUCAGAUGGUCCUGCAGGAGUUGGUUUGUCCAUGCGGACUCGGAACGAGGGAACAAGAGGAAACAUGAGUGAUAGCAAGCAAACAAGGAGUAAAACUGCUGAUAGGAAAUCAAAUGGAGGAUGGAACACUACAGCUGGACUGUGUGGUGUGUGAGUGUGUGUGUGUUAAAAAGCACAAUUCUUGCCAGAGCAAAGAGGUGUUUUUAAACAACAGUCGUCAGAUGUCUACUUUUUAUUUAACAAAAAUCGAACAAAUUCAACCCUUUAAAGGACAUUUUUAUUGCAGAGGUUGGGUGUAUUUUCUAAAAUUGAAUUGUUCGACUACACAUAAAUACAUUUGGGCCAAGAGACGUUAAAAAGGUGCGAGGAACAAAAGCAUCCGUGAACAUAUUUUUUUUUUUUUUUUGAGUGUUCUCUCUUUAUAUCACUGUGUGAAUGUGUUUGUAUUUAUUUUCAGUUUUCAAACUCUGCCUAAUUUGUACAUAAAGCUGUCAGAAACUAUAGCUGCAGCUCAUAAGCUUUAAGCAUUUAUUUUUUUGUGGGUAUUGUGAUCCACCAUUGAAAUUGAAGAAGUGGUGAGAAAGUAGAGUCUGGUAUGCAGAUAAAAAUAGUGAAAUUGUUUAUGUUUACGCUGGUGUGCGCUCAGCAGAUUUAACCUGCCGCUGAGUUAAAUUGAUGCCCGCAUUGCUCGCCGGCUGCAAUUAAUGAAGACGAUGUGUCCUGUUGCACUAGGUGUUUGUGCUCUGGUGACCCAAAUCGUUGUGAAAUCUGCUGUUAAUCAGUUGAUAAUACAAAAUCACUGCAGGCUUUUUGGUUUCCUCGCCUGCAUUAUUAUCUUUUUCUACUUUGAACAAAAAGACAAGAUCGUAGCGUUUUAUCUCUCAGACCAAAACUUAUCAUAUCACGUCACAAAUAUUGCAUCAAGGUUUUUUUCUUAGUAAAU